AUACAAAGUGACGUUUUUCGUUUGAUAACCAUAGUUAAAAUAGCAAAAAAUAACAAUUAAUAAUGGAUUAUGAAUUCCCGAAGGAAUUCGAUUUAAUUGUUGUCGGGACGGGUGUAGUAGAAUCGAUAUUAUCAGCUGCUGCCAGUCGAGUGGGUAAAAGAGUGCUGCAGAUCGACGAAAAUGAUUAUUAUGGUGGACAAUGGGCCUCCUUCAGUCUGGAAUCUAUUAUAAAAUCCAAACACCACAAGAAAGAUUACGGCGGUAAUGAAUCAGAAACUAAUUUAUUAAGGUUCGGAAACGAUUUAGUGUCUCUGAAAAACAUAGCUCAUAAGUUUCAUAUGACUUCUAAUAACACCUUAGAAGAGGAAACGGAUAAGAUUGAAAACGAGGAACAACCAAAAGAGAAUAAAUGGACCGAAGAAAAUUUACUAAAACUCUCCAGGAAAUUCAACAUAGACCUUUACCCUAAACUGCAAUACGCCAGAGGAGAUUUCGUGGAAUUGCUAAUUUCUUCAAACAUUGCUCGUUACUGCGAAUAUCGAAGCGUAAGCCGAAUUCUCAUAUGGUUCAAUAACCGUUUGGAGUCCUUACCUUGCUCUAGAUCGGACGUUUUCGCCAACACCAAAGUUAGUGUAGUUGAAAAAAGAAUGCUAAUGAAACUCCUCACAUCUCUCAACGACAAAGAGAAGCACGUUCAGAAUUACGAAAACAAAACGUUCAAAGAAUUUCUAACAGAUAAGAAAUUGACACCUAACUUGAUACAUUAUGUGUUGUAUGGGAUUUCGUCUAGUUCCGAUGAUACUUCUUGUGAAGAUGGGAUAGAGAAAGCUAGAAGAUUUCUGAACAGUUUAGGACGUUUUGGAAACACUCCAUUUUUGUUUUCCUUAUACGGUAGUGGGGAAAUUCCGCAAGCUUUCUGCAGAUUAAGCGCAGUUUUCGGGGGUACGUUCGCCUUGGGACAGCAGAUACAAGGGUUUUCCAUCAGCGACGACAAAUUUAAAUCAGUAACUUUACAAUCUCAAACUGUCGAAGCAGAAAAGUUGGUAUUGAAUAUAGAAAAUCUACCGGCGAGAUUUAUUAAAUCUGAUAAAUUAGAAUACAUUUCCAGAUGCAUUUUGAUUACUGACCGAUCAGUAUUGGAUAGUGAAAAGGAACAUUUAUCAUUGAUAUUCUAUCCUCCAACGGAUGGUAAAUCAUUCACUACGGUAAUUGAGAUGGGAUUUCUCACAGGAACGUGCCCUAAUAACUUGUACUUAGUUCACUUAAUAGCCAAACAGAAUACUUCACCUCAAGAAGAUUUUCAACAUGUAAUCGAUAAAUUAUUUGCCAGCCAUGUGGAAGAAACUAGCCAAGAGAAACCUUCAAUUUUAUGGUCGUAUUAUUUUUCAAUGCCUGAGACUAACGACAUAAUUUUAAGUGAUGAUUUACCUAACAAUAUAUUUGUUUGUCCUGGCCCAGAGAUCGAUUUAGAUUACGAUACAUCAGUGGAUAAGGCAAAGCUAUUGUUUGAAAAGAUGUACCCAGAUUUGGAAUUUCUACCGAGGGCUCCUGAUCCGGAAGAAAUAAUUAUAGGUGAUGAUAAUGAAGAAGAAGAAAGCACAGACAUUAAUGAAGAAGACCAUGAUAAAGUAAUCAAUGUAGAACAAGAAGAUAAAGAAAAUGUAAUUAGUGCAGAACAAGAAGAUAAAGUAAACGUAAUUAGUGCAGAACAAGAAGAUAAAGUAGACCAACAAUAAGUGUAUUAUUUAAUUGUCCUAUUUUUUUAUAUAUUUAUUGAAUGUUGUUUUACUUUAGAUGUUUUAUAUAAUUAUUUCUAGUUGGUAAAUAUUUAAUAAAAUAAAUGUUUAUUAUAAAUGUAUU